AUGCAAACAUUUGUCUCAAUAGCCCAGAAUGCCUGGGGAAUUUUUAUAUCUGAAAGGAAGCCUGGCUGGAAGUAUCUGAUGCAGCUUUUUGCAGUUUGCUCUGCAGUUGGCUUCCUCUCAAGCUUUCUCUUAUUCCUUGGCAUGCACUUCUCCCUGGCACACCACCCUUUGGGUCCCUUAUUGAUUUCUGGAUUCAUCUGGAUCUCGCUUUCUAUUGCGCUCUCCUGUUUUAAGCACCUGCGCUGUUUUAGCAUCCUGUUCCUUCUUUCGUGCGGAUUGCAAAAUGGUGCUCUUCUUACUGCUGGCACAGGCAUCGUGGUGGCCGGCAACAUCCAAAAUAUUUUUCACAACCUAAAGAUUCUGGCAGACAGUAUAACCUGUCAUUUGGAGUAUGAGCAAUUUGCCUUGAUAAAAUAUUAUGUUGAGGCAGUAAAAUGGAUUUACGAGGCGGCCAAGCUUUCCACCGAACUACCUAAAUAUAUAGCGUUCCUACGGCAUGAAUUCACACCAUCUUAUUCGAUUUCAGAUGAUGCAUUAAAACAAGACCUAAAUGACACAAAGCAAGAAAUCCAGAGAGUUGCUAACCAGAUAUCUUUUAUGCUGACUAUACUGCCUUAUAUAGGCCAGAAAGUAUUGCCUAUAGUGGGGAUUUUUCUAGCUUCUUUUGGAACUGGCCUCUUUAUCAAAAAAUUUGUGGGCUCUCACAGUGCCAAAUUUAAGAAUACUUACAUCACUAAACAGUUCAUUGCAUUUGAUGAGCACCAAAAGCAACAGCAAAGACCCUGCCUUCUGCCACUUAACAGAAAAGAAAGAAAAGAUUAUGUGACAAUCCCAUCUUUCUGCCUCACAAGGAAGGACAGAAAAAACAUGCAGUACUUUUUUCUCCCUGUAAUUAUUCAUCUUUGCAUCUGGCUUCUGUUUGCUGCAGUAGAUUAUUUGUUUUAUUGGUUAAUUAUUUCUGUGAAUAAACAUCUCCAAGAAGUACCGGAUCUAGAGAUUCAACUCAGCCUCUUUCAGCAAAGGAAUGAGAACAGCUUUAUCAUUGGUAUGAGAGAGCAUAUUGCAAAGACUGAUCCUUUCAAGAUCUCUUUGUUUAAGCAUGACUGCAUCCCUCAGCCAGAGCUCACCCUCUCCACGACAUGGAUCCAGCUUGGAGUCAUCAUCUUCUUCUUAAUCAUUUUUGGGUUAUUCUCUGGCCUCCUGACCCAACUUAAAAUACUCGUGUCAACUUCAUUUUAUCCUGACACUGAGAGGAAACGGAUACAUUAUUUGCAUGCUAAAUUACUCAAGAAAAGAGCAAAGCUACAAGAGAAAACUGGGAAGAACAUAUUUGCUAGAACGAUCAACUUUUGGUUUCCAAUACUCAAGGCAAGAGAGGCAGUGAGGAAGAAAGAAAGAAAUGACAACAUGGUGUGA